GUGUGUGUGUGUGUGUGUGUGGUUUCUCUCAGCCCUGUAAGAAUGCCACCCGCCUGCCUGCUCCUGCUGUUGCUGCGGCUCCGACUUGCUUUUUUGCUCCCUCUUUCCUCUCUCUUCUCUUCCUGCUUAGCUCCUUGCCUUCUGACACUACUUCCAGUAUGGAGACUAAUCACUCUGAACAGCUCUCAACUGAAGAGUCAACUCUGCCAGGAGACAGUUCAUCAUCACCUAAUCAAAAUGGCCUGGGGAAGCAAAACGGUCAGGAUUCCUCAACCUCACUCCAAGAACCAGAGCAGGCAACAAGUGUGCACCCUGUAAAGGGAGCUCAAGAUAUCUCCGAAGAGUUGAAUCGACAACUGGAAGACAUCAUUAACUUGUAUGGAUCUGCUGCCAGUACAAUAGGAAAAGAAGGCUCUGCCAAAACACAGGAGCAGCCUGAAAAUGCAGAGGCACCUGACAAUGAGGAUGGGGACUGUGAGGAAACCAAUGAAGAGGCUGAAAGAGAACCCCUUGCUUCUGAAGAACCAUCCAUAGUCAAAGAACCUGUUGGCAAUAAAGAGCAAAAAUUGGAAAAGAAAAUCCUAAAAGGAUUAGGCAAAGAAGCCAACUUGCUAAUGCAAAAUCUGAACAAGCUACAGACACCUGAAGAAAAGCUUGAUUUUUUACUCAAGAAGUAUGCUGAAUUGCUGGAUGAACAUCGCACAGAGCAAAAGAAGUUAAAGGUCCUACAAAAGAAACAGAUGCAAAUCCAGAAAGAAAAGGACCAAUUACAAAGCGAACACAGCAGAGCUAUCCUGGCUCGAAGCAAACUGGAGAGUCUGUGCCGAGAGCUGCAGAGACACAAUAAGACACUGAAGGAGGAAACCCUCCAGCGGGCACGUGAGGAAGAAGAGAAAAGGAAGGAGAUCACAAGUCAUUUUCAAACUACCCUGACAGAUAUCCAGGCACAGAUAGAGCAGCAGAGUGAGCGAAAUAUGAAGCUCUGUCAGGAGAACACAGAGCUUGCAGAAAAACUGAAAAGCAUCAUUGAUCAGUAUGAGCUCAGAGAGGAGCAUCUGGACAAAAUAUUUAAACACAGAGAACUGCAGCAGAAGCUGGUGGAUGCAAAACUUGAGCAGGCACAAGAAAUGAUGAAGGAAGCAGAGGAGCAACAUAAACGAGAAAAGGAAUAUUUACUGAACCAGGCAGCGGAGUGGAAACUUCAGGCCAAAGUGCUGAAGGAACAAGAGACAGUGCUACAGGCUCAGCUUACUCUCUACUCUGGAAGGUUUGAAGAGUUCCAGAGCACACUUACAAAAAGCAAUGAAGUGUUCGCCACUUUUAAGCAGGAAAUGGAUAAAACAACCAAGAAAAUGAAAAAGCUGGAAAAGGACACAGCCACGUGGAAAGCCCGAUUUGAGAACUGUAACAAAGCCCUAUUGGACAUGAUUGAAGAGAAAGCACUGAGAGCUAAGGAAUAUGAGUGUUUCGUGAUGAAAAUCGGGAGGCUGGAGAAUCUCUGUCGCGCUUUACAAGAAGAGAGAAACGAACUCUAUAAAAAAAUCAGAGAAGCCAAAGUGUCUGAACAGGAGGACCAAAGUCAGCAUAGUUCCGACGAAGAGCCAGAGGCAAAUGUCUCUGUGGACAGAGAGAUAGAUGCAGAGGAGGCCAACAGUGUUCAAAACGCUGUGGCAAACCUGGCUGCAGCCUUCCAGGUAAUUAAGCGUCCGGAGUCCAGCCUCCAGCAGUCGGAGGCAUUGCCCCCAGCACUGGGCGGGCCUCGGGGCAGCGGUGGCUCCGCCCCCAGGGAGCUGGAAGCGCUCCCUCCGCUCCUUCUCGGGGGUUCAACUGACCCGCGGCCUCCUCCAGUCCCUCAGGCUGAGGCCCUAGGAGGUGAGGAGGCAAAGCCUGCCUCUGAGGUCAGUAAUCCCUUGACCCAGGCGGGAGCAGAGCCCCGAGCUCAGAGUCUCUCCGAGGAGCCUCAGGCUGCUGAGCUGCCCCGGAAAUCAGAGGUCGGAGUUUCCGGUCAGGCCUCACAGGCCGCAUCCGAGGCCUCCCCUUGCGGGGUGGAAGCAGAGGGUUCCGCUCCACCACCUCCAGCCAAGGUGCAAGCUCCAGCAGGGCCGCCUAGGUGUGAGCCCAGCGAGCAGCCCCUGCCAGGAGCCUCAAAGGAGCUGGGCCCCGAGGCCCCGGCCCAAUUCCAGCUGCCCAUGGUGGCCGACACCAACCUGGAACCAGUAGACUGA